UUGAUGAUGUGAUUCAACGAGCGAUUACAGAAAGGGAUAAUAUAAAAGGAUAUAUGGUGAUCGUGUUAAAUGCUGCGAGUAUUAUGGAUCAGAGUGAGGGAAAUAACGUCUCUAGCGUUUCAAAUAAAUCAGAGGUUUCUCCAAAAUCAAAACAAAAGAAAAAGUCCCUCUGUCGCAUGCUCAUGAACAAAAAGACCAAGGUCGGCUGCUUGGAAUCCUCCUACAAAGAUGGGGAUUCAAAUAGGAAUUCCAAGAUAGAGAGCUCGCAGCAUGGAUCUCAAACUAGCACCAAACUGUCUCUGUGCUGUGCUAUGACUGAACGUAGCAGAACACCACCCCAGAGCUUAACCAUUAGUAGACUUUCUCCAAUGACGUUGAGUCAUACCUCGGUCAAGUCCGAGGUAGCUUCCAUCAAUGUGGAUCAUGAAACAGAUGUACCAGUUGAGCAGGAAGAGAUGCAUGUUGCAAAUGAUCAAGCCAAGGAUCAGGUUCAAGCAAUUCAAGAGACUGUAGUCAGAAGGAGUAAUGUAGCAAUAGGAAAGGAACAGCGUCCUACUACUUAUAUAGAAGACUCAAUGGAAGAUUCAUUCGAAGAUUCUUCAGAAGAUGAAAAUGAACAUCUGAUUGAGUCUGAGAAAACUCAAAAAUACUUUAAGGAUGAGUACUUUACAAAGGGAAAAUAUAUCACUUAUUUCUUCCUGGAAAUGGAACGGCAGUUAUACAAUCCUACAGAUGUUUACAGUAUGGUUCAGUAUCAUAAUACUGAUUGCGAAAAACCAGAAAAAAAAGGUGAAUAUUCUUCCUCCGGAUCGCUAUCGCCGAGUAUAUCAGGACAAUUACGUCGUAGAUUGCUUCAUAGGAGAUCUGCGGAUAAUUUGAUCGUAGACUCACCUACAAGUUCUAUGAGACAUUCUAGUCCAGAUUCUAUUAAAAGUGCACCGAUCCAGCAUAAGCCACGUUCAACGUCCCAUGAUGCGUUGUCUAAAAAGAAUCGUUACUUUCGUCAAACGACAGGGGCGUCUAUGGAUAGCUUGGCAAAGCAAUCAUUACUUGCUGCACAAGUACUUAAUUUAAUUCCUACUCAGAAAGCACGGGAAAGGAAUUUUCUUCAUGGAAGAAUCGCUGCCAAUUCCUUACUCGGACCAAUGGAACUUGAGAAAGUAUUGCCUAAUCGAGAAUUAAAAAUUUUUAUCGGCACGUGGAAUAUGAAUGGUCAGACUCCGCCAAAAGAAUUGAACGACUUUAUGUUGCCAUCCGACAUAGAGACUGUUCCCGAUUUGUUAGCCAUAGGAACACAAGAGUCAUGUUCUGAACGACAUGAGUGGGAGGCAGCUCUGCAAGAAACUGUCGGUCCUUCGCACGUGCUACUAACUAGUAGUAAUCUCGGUACACUUCAUCUUGCAUUAUUUAUAAGACGAGACUUGAUUUGGUUCUGUUCUAUUCCGGAGGAGGAUAACUUUUCAACGAGAACUGGAACAGCAUUCAGAACGAAAGGCGCAGUAGCUAUAGCUCUUAUGAUAUUUGGCACUAGCUUUCUCUUUGUUACUGCUCAUUUGACCGCACAUCAAGACAAAGUAAAAGAACGGGUCAAUGAUAUAAAGAGAAUCGUCAGAAAUCUUGAUUUACCUAAAGAGUUACCUAUCCGACACAAAAGUAAAGAUGUAACUCAAAAUUUCGAUUGCGUGUUUUGGUGCGGUGAUUUAAACUUCCGUCUAGCUCAACCGAGAGAGGAAGUGAUUCAAUGGAUCACAAAUACAUGUUUUCCACAAGAAUCACCGAUAAACAUGCGCAAAGAUCAAUUGAAAAAUAUCCUAAACGAAGGCGCAGUGUUGCGUGGUUUCGAAGAAGCUCCAAUUAUGUUCCCUCCCACUUACAAAUACGAUCCGGGGACGCAGAAUUUCGAUUCUAGCAGCAAGCAACGCACUCCGGCGUACACCGACAGGAUUCUUUUCAGAGGGAAAGGUCACACCAGAGGAUACAUUAGACGCGUUAGCCAUGAGAUUUCUAAUUCUAAGGACGGGGUUAUAGAAUGCUUGAUAUAUGAUUCUGUUCCAAGUAUGUGCACGUCGGAUCACAAGCCAGUCUGGGGAGUCUUUAAAACCACAUUGAGGCCGGGUAUCGAUACAAUUCCGCUUGGUGCUGGACUUUUCAAUCGUGAAGUAUAUCUGGAAGGUAUUAGAAGGCGCGCGGCGGCGAUGGAUGAUUCUCUUGAAACUUCAAAAGUUUGUUCAAUUCAAUAAAGAAAUUAGAAGCUAUUGUGAGAAUGUAUCAGCAGAAUGGGUAAUGUAUUUAUAGAUAAAGAUUUGUUUUUUUAUUAUAACAGGCAGUAUGAAAGAAUGAUCGCUUUGUAUCAUUCUUACAAUAGAUGUCACAUUUCUUUUGUACGAUUUAUGUACUCUGUACGCUAAGUCUGUCCAUUUUUAUAGCGGUGACAAGAAAUACUUUUUUAGUAAGAUUUGUAUAAUAAAUUACAAUUACGAAUGAACACCGUAAAAGUCUAGUCAACCAGUGAAAUAAACUCGUUUAAUGAAAUGAAAUCUAGAUGAGGAUUUUAUAAAUGUAUCAUCAAUAUAUUCCUGACAUUCAUAUUGUGCCACAGACAUUAGAGAGAUCAAAGAAGUUGACAAUUACUUAACUUAUUUUGUAAUUUAGUUUUAAUUCCUGCCAAUCGUUAAAAAGUCAAUUUCACACGUACGAAGUGAAAGGGAGCAGCACUUUUAAUAUAAUGAAAUGUAAUUUAACAUUCUAAAAUUUUUCACGAUUCACCAAAAAUCGAUUUAUGAUUCAUCAGUGAAAGCGACCCACAUUUUGAGGAUCCCUAUAUUAGAUAAUAUUCGCAAAAUUUAAAUAAUACGUUUGUUUAUUAAUCUUUAUAUUCUUAU